CUACGAUGUGGUCUUCGCCUCGGGUCCCAAAGAGCUGCUCAGGAAGUUCCAGCAGGCCCAGCACCGGGUGGUGUUCUCCUCCGAGAGCCUGAUCUGGCCCGACAGACACCUGGAGGACAAACACCCCCACGUCAGGGAGGGGAACCGCUUCCUGGGCUCAGGAGGCUUCAUCGGCUAUCUUCCUAACGUCAAAGAGAUGAUUUCUAACUGGACGGGAGGAGACGGAGACAGCGAUCAGCUUUUCUUCACGAAGAUCUACAUCGAUCCAGCCAGAAGGAAAUCCAUCAACAUCACCCUGGACAGUAAGUGCAGGCUGUUCCAGAACCUUCACGGAGCCCUCGAUGAGGUGGUUCUGAAGUUUGAGGACGGACGAGUUCGAGCCAGAAACAUUCAGUACGACACGCUGCCGGUCCUCGUCCACGGGAAUGGACCGACAAAGCUGCAGAUUAACUACCUGGGAAACUACAUCCCCAACACGUGGACCUUUGAGGCCGGAUGCACGGUGUGCCAGGAGAACCUGCGUCCCCUCUCGGCUCUGAAGGAGGCCGAGUACCCGCUGGUGGUGAUCGGCGUCUUCAUCCAGCAGCCCACGCCGUUCGUCUCGGUGUUCUUUGAGCGUCUUCUGAAGCUCCAGUACCCCAAGGACAGACUCAAACUCUUCAUCUACAACCAGGAACCUCACCACGAGCAGCAGGUCAGCUCCUUCCUGCAGGACCACGGUGGACUCUAUCGGGACGUUAAAACCAUCAGUCCCGAGGAGGAGACGGACUCCACCGCCGCCCGGGACCUCGCUUU